AUGGUGUAUCAUAUAUAUACAUAGCGAUACCGUACAUGAUGGCGAUAUGUAUAUAUCCACAUGUGUGGUGUGUGUGUGUGUGUGUAUUUUAAAUUGGUGGUGGGGGCUAGGUUGGAUAAUUUGAUAAAAGUGACAAGAAAUUGGGUGCAGCCCACAUAUACGAAUUAAGAGGCUUUGAUGUCUGGACCACAGAAGCUUGUGUGAUUAUGAUCUUCCUCUAUUACUAUUAUUAUUUGUUUUUACAGAUAGAUAGAUAGUCAUUGACGGAUAGCGAUGCUCAUGCCCCAACAAGUAUAAUACUACUACACCUACAAUUUCCACACACCAUUCCUCUCUCUCCCUCUCUAUAUUCCAUUCCUUCUCUCUCUCUCUCACAAAAUCCUGACACCAUUAAUUCUGUUUGCUCAUUAAGUACUCCUCGUAUCUCUCUCUCACUACAUAAAUCUUGAAUCUGUGGCAUGGGAUUGAGCACUAAACAGGUUUCGGGCGAUCAAGGGGUGGAUUGGGGGCAAACAUUCCUGCAAUCGGCGGCGGCGGCGGAGACGCCGAAAGCGCCGGCGACGAGGCGGCUGCAGGCGCAAGCGGAGGCCUUAAAGUGCCCGAGAUGCGCUUCCACCAACACCAAAUUCUGUUACUACAACAACUACAACAAGUCUCAGCCUCGACAUUUCUGCAAAUCGUGCAAGCGCCACUGGACUAAAGGCGGCACUCUCCGCAACGUCCCCGUCGGCGGCGGCCGCAAAAACAAACGCCCCAAGAUUUCCAAGUCCGCCGCCACAGCUCCGGCUGGGCAGAAAAACAUGUCAAACAUUCUUUACCAUGCAUUGAUCGGCCGCUCGUCGUCGCCGCUGGUGCAUGAAACGACGACGUCGAAAGGUGUGGAUAACAUUACUUCCCCUUUCACCGGCGCAAAUGCGGCUCCUACUACCGAAUUUCAGUUGUCGAGUUUGGGCACCUUCGACAUGAAUGCUUCUCUGAAUCCAAGUUCGUAUCAGCCAUUAAACGCAUUCGAUCACUUUUCUGGGAAUCUUGAUUCGGUGGAGGAAUCGAGCAUCACCACCGUGAAUAUUCCGGGGAGCAGCGGCGGGGCGUGGGAUUUGCCCAACUAUUGGAGCUGGAAUGACAUCGAUGUCUUAACUUCAGGUGAUCUGAGUAUGUCGUGGGAUGACCAAGACAAGCCACUUUGAAUAUAUAUAUAGUAAUUUGUAUGGUAAUAGCUGAAUAAGAUCGAUUUUAGUUGUGGAGGAUUGCCCUAAUUUUAAGAGAUGGUAUGAAUUUCGUUUGUGCAGUUGUGACCAUCAAAAUUGUAACUAUCAUAUAGUUUGUCGAAGCUGUCCUUUUUAGUAUCAGCUUCAGAGGUACGUAGAGGACAUAUUUAAUGUGUCGAAUUUGUGUUUGUUUGUAUUUUUUACUCUCGAAGAAGAAUGAAUUCAUGUGAAUGCAGUAUGUGUGUGUGUGUGUGUGAGAGAGAGAGAGAGAGGGGCAAAUGGGACCUGCUACAACUUGGUGGGGGUGACUAGAUAUGUGAUGGAAGAUUCUUGUGGAUAUGUAUCUUUGUAUAGAUAUAUGUUCGCCAGUAUAGUCUGGAUUUUGUAAUGGCUUGUUGCUACCAUAAUUUCCUCAUGUUCCUGGGGCCGACUUGAGUCCUAAAUUAUUGACAGAUACGGCUUGAUUUCUUGAGGCCACUAUUUUAGCA